AUGGAGCCAGGAGGGGGUUCUUCAAUGCCCCCAGCCCCCAUUGCCACCCGGGGGGAGCCAGAUGCUGGGCCUAGCAGCUCCUCCCUGGAGCAUACAAGCACAGACCCAGGGAAGCUCCGAGCGCUCCCUGUUGGGCCUGAAGCCCACUGCGGUGACCCUGCCUCCGGGAGCCCUGGAAGCAAGGCCUCUGCGGGGGACAUGGGCUCUGUGGGUGAGCCCAGCAGCGGCACUAAGAUCCCUAACCGGGACAGCGGGAUAGACAGCCCCUCCUGCAGCGUGGUCGGCGAGCACUUCUCCUGCGAGGAUGGCAGCGAGGCGGGCCCAGGCCCCACCCUCAAAGGGCUGCACCUGGAGACAGCCCCAGGUGGCAAGGCCCCACGGGAGGAGGCCGAUAGCGAUAUGGGCGAGGGCAGCAGCGAGGAGCCAGACCCCGAGAAUAGCCCCUUGAGGGCUGACGCGGAUCCAGCCAAGGUAGGCCACCUCUCCCCCCAGAAGCUGCUCCACAUUGCCCAGGAGUUGCUGCACACUGAGGAGACCUACGUGAAGCGUCUGCACCUGCUAGACCAGGUUUUCUGCACCCGACUGAUGGAAGCAGGGAUCCCUUCGGAAGUCACCACAGGCAUCUUCUCUAACAUCUCCUCCAUCUAUUGCUUCCACGGGCAGUUCCUCCUGCCUGAGCUGCAGACACGGAUCAUGAAUGAGUGGGAUACAAACCCCCGGCUUGGAGACAUCCUGCAGAAGUUGGCCCCAUUCCUCAAGAUGUAUGGUGAAUAUGUCAAGAACUUUGACCGGGCCGUGGAGCUGGUGAGCACCUGGACCCAGCGCUCACUGGUAUUUAAGGACAUUGUCCAAGGCAUCCAGAAGCAGGAGAUGUGCGGAAACCUGACGCUGCAGCACCAUAUGCUGGAGCCCGUGCAGAGGGUCCCCCGCUAUGAGCUGCUGCUCAAGGACUAUCUGAAGAGGCUCCCAGAGGAGGCCCCAGACUGGAAGGAUGCAGAGAGGUCCUUGGAGCUCAUCUCCACAGCUGCCAACCACUCUAACGCUGCCAUUCGGAAAAUGGAGAAAAUGCACAAGCUCUUGGAGGUGUACGAGAGACUGGGUGGGGAGGAGGACAUCGUCAACCCUGCGAACGAGCUGAUCAAGGAGGGCCACAUCCAGAAGCUAUCAGCCAAGAAUGGCACCACCCAGGACCGCCACCUCUUCCUGUUCAACAGCAUGAUCCUUUACUGUGUGCCCAAACUGCGGCUCAUGGGCCAGAAGUUCAGUGUCCGGGAGAAGAUGGACAUUUCUGGCCUCCAGGUGCAGGAUGUCGUCAAGUCAAAUGCAGCCCACACAUUCAUCAUAACUGGAAAGAAAAGGUCCCUGGAGCUACAAACUCGGACAGAAGAGGAAAAGAAAGAAUGGAUUCAGGUCAUUGAGGCCACCAUUGAGAAGCAAAAGCAGAACAGCCAGACUUUCAAGGCCUUCAGUGGCUCCUUCAGCCAGGAUGAGGAUUCCUCCCUCACUCCAGAACCACCUAUGGUGAGCGCCAACUCAGAGGUGCCUGCAGUGGUAGCCACUGGUGGAGGGGGUGCUGCAGGGCUUGAGCCCAGGAGAGGCUCCUCUAAGACCAGACGUGACAAGGAGAAGCAGGGCUGCAGCAGCUGCGGCGAGACCUUCAACUCCAUCACCAAAAGGAAGCACCACUGCAAGUUGUGCGGGGUGGUCAUCUGUGGGAAGUGCUCCGAGUUCAAGGCCGAGAACGGCAGGCAGAGCCGUGUCUGCCGAGAGUGUUUCCUGACCCAGCCGGUGGCCCCCUCGAGCCCCAGCCUCGAGGAGCCCUUGGAGCCCAAGCAGAGCACAGAGAAGCCAGCCACUGUGGACCCCCCGCCCAGCCUGCUCUGUGGCCCCCUACUGGUGUCGGAUGGCGGCACAGCCUGGAGCAAGGUGUGGGCUGCCAUCUCUGAGUCGGACUCCCUGGAGUUGGUGCUGCACCUUCGAGGAGGCAGCCAGGAUGGCCAGCUGCUGCAUGCCAUCCCCCUCUCUGGCUGCAGGGUGAGUGUGCCAGACCCCGCACAGAGGCUGGAUGCUGGACACAUGUGGCAGCUGCAGCAGGCCCAGCAGUCUUUGUACCUGAGUGCCCCGUCCGCCGAGCUGCAGCAGCAGUGGUUGGAGGCCCUGAGCUCGGCAGCCCACUGGCACCCGGCCCAGGCCAGCCCGGGGGCCCAGCAGCCCCAGGCCCCAGCUGCCCCAUGA